CUGAGUUGACAGUGGGCGAUGGUGGACUCCUGCUGGUCCUCUGCCCCAGUCAGUAGCACUAACCAUCUCAGUACAUUAGUACCCUCUUGAUGUCACCAACAAGCAAAUCAGAACCAAAGAACACCUUCAGAAUGGCACAAAAUGGAUGAUAUUGAGUCUGAACCUGAACAAUUCUCAUUCUCUCCACACGUUGGCAUCCUCCAUUAGAUCAGUCCUGCACUCCUGCUGCUCACUCCCGUACUCUGUUGUGUGUUCCUUUCCAACCCCAGCUCAAGCUUCUUGGGUGGGUGUGUGUGGAUGAAAGAGAUCAGAGCCAUGAGGGCGCUGCUGGAGCGGUGCCUGUCGUCCAAGAAGGCCGGCCGGGGCCGGGAGCCGCCGCCGGAGGGCUGCCUGGCGGUGUACGUGGGCGCGGCGAGGGAGCGGUUCGUGGUCCGGGCCGAGUGCGUCAACCACCGCCUGUUCCGGGCGCUGCUGGAGGAGGCCGAGGAGGCGCGCGGGCCCUACUGCUACGCGCCGGACGGGCCGCUGGAGCUGCCCUGCGACGCCGCCGCGUUCGCGCGCGCCGUGGAGGCCAUCGAGCGGGACAUGGCCGAGGAGAGGACGGCCGUCGGGUGCGGAGGCGCGAGGGCGGGGCACGCGGCGGCGCACCGGACGGUGGCGCCGGCGGCGAUCGGCGGAGCCGGCGCCAGGCAGGUGACCGUGGGUUGACUGGAGAGUGACCGGGUGUGUUCACGUCGUCAGGAUUUCCUGAUGCGAUGUUUCAAGUGUUUGCUGUUUGAUGGACUGAUGAUAGUGUGUGUAUGCAUAUUAGUUGUGGUAUGUG